AAAAAUGUCAAUUUUAUGAGCCUAGUCUGCUUCACACAGAUUUCCGCCUCUUUUAUUUUGUUGGGGGACUUGUAGAAGUCUACACACAAGGAUUUUGUUCUCUCUCUGCAUAAAACCCUUUAUAAGUGGCCUCGUAUAGAGGAGAAAGGUAAACUCCUUAGAAACUGCAGAACGAUAGUGAGAAUCUACUGAUACAUUUAUUUUCUCUUCUUUGUCAAGGACUCUCUGAAAGUUGAAAAUGUUAAGAAAUGGCCAUGAUCAGCUCCUAAAGGUUGAGACACAUUAUCUCAAAGUGCACAUCAACUGUGAAGGGUGCAAGCAGAAAGUGAGAAAACUUCUUAACAAAAUUGAUGGUGUUUACUCAGUGAACAUAAAGACGGAGCACCAGCUAGUCAUAGUUUCAGGCAGGGUAGAUUCUGCUACUUUAAUCAAGAAAUUGGUCAGGUCUGGUAAACGUGCAGAGCUAUUGUCUCUGCGUACCAAGAACAAAUGGAAUCAAGAACUCAACGCAAACCAACUGCAAUUUCUAGCCAAUGACUUCAGUAACCCUCAAAACCAAUUCAUGUAUCCAGCAUCCUUUGACAAUGAGACUGAUAAUACGAGGAGCUAUGGAGAUUUUUUAAACCAGAAUGUAGAAUUGAAAGCCAUGAAUUUGGGGAGAGGUCAGGAUUUGAUGGCAGCCACAAGAAUGGGAAACUUUUACAUGGAUGAAGAUAAUUUUGCUGGUAGUGGCAGAUCAAGGGAUGAUUUUGCAUGCAUGAUGGGUCACGCAGAUUAUCAAGGCAGUGGUAUUUGUUUUGCUGGAUUAGGAGGCCAUGAAUUUAAUGGGAUACCAACUUAUGAACAGACGUAUCGACCAUCCAUGAUCAUGACCAACAAGCAGCAAAGGUACCACAACAAUCAUCCAGCUACAGAAAUGCAUAAUAUUUACAUGCAAGAACCGCAUACGGGCAACAAUAUGAUGACAAAUGACAAUUUCAUGUACCAACCUUACAUGAUAGAUUGGUAAGGCCACCUACCAACCUUACAUAAUAUUUACAUGAUAGAUUUUCUCUUCAACAUAUCCUCCCUAUACUGACUACCACCUUUUCCAUGCAAUGCCAUAUCCUUGCUACUAACCAUACAAGUACUUAUCUAGCUGACCUAGAGAAACAUCCUGGUUCUUUUGAAAAGGCGGGGGCAUAGAAGAGGUAGGGUUUAUGUUAUGAUAAGAAUCUAUUUUAAAUAUGUAAUGCUUUUAUUAACAUAUGGUAUGAGAUUGCUUUCAUCUUUUCUACUAGAACUUUUUCCCUUUGAAGAAAUAGUUUGCAGGUUUACUUCCCUUUGUUACUGGCUGUGCACUGCUGCUCCUUGGUCCUUGUUGGUCGGAGUUUCAAUGUUUUCCCUUUUUCUUUGUAUUGUUGGUUAUAUAUGGGAGAAAUUUGCA